AGAUUGGCUCAAAACCGACUGAAGGCCUUUGAAAACUCAGGAGGCCUUCGUUGUAUAGUGGUUGCAGCCUUAGAGAUUUGAGCCAGUUGGCAGUGGCAGCCAUGGCCGAUGCGGACAUCCGUCAAAGAAUGGAUCAUCGGCGCAGAGAACAAUUCGAGAAGUUCACCAGGGCACUUGCCGAGGUCAACCCUUUGCAAUUCAUGGAGGAUGCUGUGGUUGGUGCGUGUUCUCUCGACUUGCAGCUCUCGGGUGCCAUCCCUCCAGUCACAGAGUUGCGCCGCAACGAUGCCGCUGGCGCUGCAGCGAUAGUUCUCAGUGAGCGCCGUGCAGCAAACGAGCUCAUUGCCAAGAAUCGUCAGGAGUCACUGACGACGAAGCAGGCUGUGGUGCAUGAAGCACGGCAGAUUCGUUCUGCGCAGUGGAAAUUGCAAAGUGUGCGUCCGACCUCAAUGGACAGCACCCGUGACGGGUCACCCUUUCACAUGCAUAACCAUAGCCCAUGGUCAGACACCUCAGAUGGGGAUGGGCUCUCUUCCAAUGUUACCCCGCGUCCUGGCGCAGAGUCUUCGUUAGCGCAGACAGAGCGGUCGAGAACCGCUCCUUCGCUGCCCCUUGGGAAAGCUUUUGAAGACAUGCUUGCCAACUACUAUAGGACGCAUGAAGAGAUUCAGGAUGCCGAGUUUGCUGCGGCGCAGAAAGCUCGCCGUGAGGAAUCAGAACAGCUGCAACGUGAACAUGUUCGCCGAGAACAUUUUGAAAUGCAGCACCGCAAGCGGGAAUUUGCGAUAGUCCAUGAACUACAUCGGCGGGAACGGCGCCGGGUCUUCGAUGAUACCCGGGCUGUGCUCGUGACCGACCGACUUGCAGAAGAACAACGGAAAUUGCGCUUUGAGCAGCACCUGCGAAAGGAAGCAGCUAAGGAGCAGCGGGAAGAGCGCAGAGCACGCAGGGCAAAAUAUGAAUCUCACUUUGACUUUAUUCUCAGUCAAGAAGCUUUGGAUCGAGCAUGCAAUAAGGCAGAUAUGCAAAAGCACUGGCAGACCCAGCGUGCUCAAACAAAGGAGAGGGUUGAACAUCGCAAAGAUAAGUGGACGAAGCGGUCUGGGCAGCUACGGGCCCGAAGGCUGUUCCAACAAGAGCAAAAGAGGCUGUGCAGCCGUGAGCAGGAAAGGCAACACGCAUACAAUGCGGCAAAGCAGAGGGCUGCGCAUGAGAAGGAGCUGGUGCAACGUCAGGAAAAUGUGCACUUGCACCAUGUACUCAAAACCAUCGUUCGCGAAAUCCAGAAGGAACGAAAAGAACUAAAAGACGGCAAAAAGCCAGUUGUCACUGUAGUCAGAGCUGAUGAACCUGCUGCGCCAGGAAGCAGUCGAGAGAACGGGCCACUGUCUCACCAAUCGAACGAUGUGAUAACCUCAUUAAAUGAUGAGGUAUGUGCUGUCCUGGGCAUUGAGCCCGAUGGAGGCACAAUCACUCGUCAGCAGGAAGUUCGCAAUCCGCAACCGUGAAGCCACAGGAAAGGGUG